AUGUUUCGUUGUUUGCGCUGGCGCGAGCUUCUUGCGCCAACAGACGAAGCGGACUCCGAGGUGCCUCGCACCGAGCAGGGUCUCUCGCGAAGACCGCGUGCUGGAACGCUGAGACGGGACUCGCGGGCGGAGCCUCUUCGCACGCAGGGUCUCCGUUGGUGGCACCGAACCCAACCAGAUCGGACGCAGCAGCCUUCGAACUGGCGCCAGACACGUGAAGAUCAACGUCUGCGGGUCGAGGGCGUGCAUAGAGCCUCUUCAAAUGGCAGGAAUGACGCUGCUGAUGCGGAACACUCCUCGACAUGUGACGACUUGCGCAAACCUUCAUCUGGUGAGGGCAGCGCCCUCAAAGCACCGCCCCGCUGGACUGGUUUAUUGCAGCGAGCGAGCAGCCCUGCCGAUGCCGCCGAGCUGCGCAGCUGGAUUCGAGAUAACCUAGAAGCGUUCACCAGAGAAUGGGAUCGAAACGAACCGGGCGCAGACAAAGCCAGGACGGGCUGGACCGCGCUCAAGCAGGCAGCAUAUUUCGGUAACACGCUUGCUGUGGAGCUGCUGCUCGAGUUCGGUGCUUGGAAAGAGCUCGCUGUGACGACGGGGCCGACCGACAAUUCGCGAAGGUCUGGCAUGAUUCCUAGCCUAGUGCGCAGAGGAGACGUACCCAGCACAACGCUCGAUGAAAGCGAAAGAGCCAUCCCGUCGGCACUCUAUUUAGCAGCGCAAAAUGAUCACAUUGCGACCUUGCGUGCGAUGCUGCGAUAUCGUUCCCCAGAGCAGCGCAAUCAGUCGGCACCGCCGCCCGAUGUGAACUGCCGCACGAGCAUCGGCUGGACGCCGCUGUUUAUCGCGGCGUGGAACGGGCACGAAGCGGUCUGUCGGAUGCUGCUUGCAGCGGGCGCGGACCCGCGCGCUCGUGACCACAACGACUGGACGCCGCUCAUGGUUGCGGUGUCUGGAAACCAGCUGGGGAUUGUCGGGUUGCUUCUGGAAGUGGGCAAAAUCCGUCCACAACACGUUCGUGCCCGCCGCGGAUGGACGCCGUUGCACAUUGCUGCUGAGCAGGGUUCCAUCGAGAUGAUUCGACUUCUUUUACAGCAUGGUGCUGAUCCAAGCGCCGCAAAUGGUGAAGGAUGGACGCCCCUGCAUGCAGCGGCAAAGUUUGGCCACCUCGUCGCGUUGCGUCUCCUGGUCGAAGAGGGCAAGACGAAGCCUAGCAUCGCGCGUCACGACGGCACGUCUGUGCUGCACGUUGCUGCUCGGUAUGGGCAUUCGGACAUCGUUUUAUGGCUCGUGACCGAGGCGGGCGUCUCACCGUUCCAGCAAGACUGUGCCGGUCGUACCGCUCUGCAUACAGCAGCGACCUGCAAUCGCGCCGACAUCUGCAACCUGCUGGUUUCAUUGUCACCAACGAAGCUCAUCGAUCAGGCGAGCCACAGCGGUGAAACUGCGCUAACCAUCGCGUUUUCAGCAAAGCGUUAUGACCUCGCCUUGUGGCUUCUCCAGCUUGGAGCCCGCUUGCCUCAAGAUCAGCGCCGCCUCGUGAUCGGGCGGAAACUGAUGCAUCAUCUGGCGACGCGCUGGUGGGAGUCUAGCAUCGCGAACAAUCCCAAUACCAAUACCAGCACCAAUAACACGGCCCUUGUGCGGCCGCCUGGAGCGGCGCUUGUCGAGGCGCAGCUCCGCUCACUUGCAGUGCUGAGCGGCGUUCUCGACGAGAGCCCGGAUCGUCACUUCCUUGCCACAGUUGUCUGCAUUCGUCGUCUGGUGUCACUGGGUAUUGAUGUGAAUAUCCGGCGCAAGCUUGACGGCGGAACGCCGCUGCAUACCGCUGCAGCGCUUGCAAACGCCGAGGGCGUCGAGGCGUUUGUACAAGCUGUUGGGGGCGGUCAACAAGGGGCGCUCGCGCUCGAAACGGCCACCAUUGGCCUUGGUACCCGAGGCGAGACGCCGCUGCACUACGCUUGUGCGCUGGCGCAGCAGGAUGCAGGUGCCGCAACUGUCCUCGCGCUGCUACGAGCAGGCAGCAACCCCUGGGCUCGUGAUCGACGCCGACGGACGCCACUUCAUGUCGCAGCGGCAGCUGGCGCCCAGGAAAGCGUGCUACGGGCGCUUGUGGAGCUCGGUGCUCCCCGAGGCGAUCUGGUAUACGCUCGCGACAGCCGCGGGGCGACCCCGCUGGAUAUCGCCCGCGAAACCGGCCAGACGCAGGCGCACCUUGUGCUGACCUCGUUGUUGGGGACGCGUCAGGCCCGGCAAGCGGGUUGCGAGAAUGCAUUUCCAGCGCUGGCUGGGGAACCUAAUCAUCGACUUGCCGCGGCAUACAGCGCUCGCAUGGGCGUCGUCGACGGUGUUUCAGCGGGAGAAACGUCGAAGCCGACGGCAUCGGCUUCUCAUGUGUACAAGAACAUGGACGCGACGACGCCCGAUACGAAAACCGGCAACUCGUUUGCCUACGAGCGGAGCAUUCAUCUUGGGGAUCGGACGUUCGAAGGCGUGUUCGAGGCUAACGCAGGCACCUCGUCGAGCACACAGCCGCCGCUGUUGCGCAAACGCACCCCGUCGGCUGCGCGGGGCACCAGCUCGACAGGGUCCAGCAUGACCUCGCUCAGUACAGCACCGAUUUAUCGGGACUCAAUGGUGGAAUUCAGGUACAACAGGUCUGCUGAGAGCGAUCCGCUUGUGAUGCAACAACAACUUGCUGAUGACGCACCUGCGCCGCCGAGCAACAACAGUGCGCUGUUCUCCCAAAUCACCAACGCGAGCACGUCACAGAGCGGUGGCGACUCGAUGGAAACAUCAUCUCAUGUGGAAGUAACUGGUGGUGGUGUUGAUGGUUAUGGUAUCACCGCGACUGUGCUCACCUCGGCGAGCACGAGAACCGCAAGCGCUGCGCACCAGCACUUGUCGCCGUCGACGUCGUCAUCGUCAUCAUCGAUUUGCGCUCCUGCCGCCGCGAAUGAGGUAUCGCUCGAUAACCAGCUGACGGCGCUAUCUGGUGACGACGGUGAUACGCUUUUGCCGACGUCGCUUCGCCAGAGCGGUGCGCAGCCGUCCAGCUACCGACGUUCAGCGUUUUUACCCCGGCUCUUGAGCAGAGACUGGUGGCCGGUGCGCUCUACUGCAACUGCAAGUGCACCACCGCUGGAUACCGAAGGUGCCGACCAGGACGAGGAUUCCCGCCUCCUCCACCACUCGAGGGCAAGCAGCAGUAGCGACAUUUAUUCCGAGAUAUCUGCUGCCCCUUCGGCACCGUUUGAUAGUUCACGCUCCGCGGCAGACAGCGUUCUGGUGCUAGACGAGUCCGACAUCAUGCGUUCGACGCAUAGCAUCGAAGCCGAUAACACUCGAGCACACAUGGAACCUGAAUGUGCCGUGUGUGCUGAUUCUGGUCCAUGCGUUCAAUGGACUGUUUACAAUUGUGGACACUGUACUUGUCAACCAUGCGCAGAGCAACUCUCGGAGUGUCCCAUGUGUCGAGUGACCAUCACAUCGCGAAUUCGUCUGUAUCUGUAA